AUGGAGCUUGAAGAGUUGCCUUCGGAAGAAACCCAACACCUCGAGAUUCCCAGUUGCUCCACUGUUCCGAUUCAAGAUCCGUUUGUUCUUUCCUUCAACAACUUAACUUACGAUGUCAAGGUCCGCCACAAGUCGAGGUUCCCAUUUACCGGAACCAACAACUUAAUUUCUCCGGAGAAUAGCGGUAAGACCAAGAGCCUGCUCAAUGACAUCUCAGGCGAAGCAAAGGAAGGCGAAAUAAUGGCGAUUAUGGGUCCGAGUGGUUCGGGCAAAUCGACGCUAAUGGAUGCUCUUGCCAAUAGAAUUGAUAAGCAUAGUCUGAAAGGGUCCAUCACUAUGAAUGGUGAACCCUUACCUUCAGGGCUGUUGAAGGUGAUCUCUGCAUAUGUUAUGCAAGAUGAUAUGUUGUUCCCUAUGCUGACGGUGGAAGUGACGCUGAUGUUCGCGGCUGAGAUCCGGCUCCCUCGAUCGCUUUCAAAGGAGAAGAAGAAAGCGAGAGUACAAGCUUUGAUUGAUCAACUCGGGUUGAGAAAUGCGACCAAGACUACGAUCGGAGAUGAAGCACAUAGAGGUGUCUCUGGAGGCGAACGUAGGCGAGUUUCAAUCGGGAUCGACAUAAUUCAUGAUCCGAUACUAUUGUUCCUUGAUGAACCGACUUCGGGACUCGACUCUACCAGUGCAUACAGUGUCAUUAAGGUCCUACAAGGAAUUGCACGAAGUGGGAGCAUUGUUAUAAUGUCGAUUCAUCAACCAAGUUCCAGGAUUCUUGGCCUACUCGAUACAAUGAUUUUCCUGUCACGUGGUAAAACUAUGUAUUGCGGUUCUCCGGCGAACCUGCCAAAUUUCCUAGAUGAUUUUGGGAAUCCGUGUCCCGAUUACGGCAAUCCGUGCGAGUUUACUCUCGAUUUCAUCCGUGAGCUCGAGGAAUCUUCCGACGGAACCCAGAAGUUAGUCGAAUUCAACAAGUCUUGGCAGGACUCGAUGAACAGGGUCUCCAAUAAGCCGAGUCUUUCACUUGAAGAUGCAAUAAGGAAAAGCAUUUCUCAAGGGAAACUAGUCACUGGUGCCUCUGCUACAGGUGAUGAUCACCAUAAUCUAGUAUCUUCAGUCCCAUCAUUUGCCAAUCCAUUGUGGUACGAAAUGUUGGUGUUACUCAGAAGGCUGGCACUAAACAUGAGACGAAUGCCGGAGGUUUUUGGACUCCGAUUUGGGGUGAUAACGAUGACCGCGAUUAUCCUAGGCACCAUGUUUUGGCAGGUUGAUAAUUCUCCGAGAGGAAUCCAAGAACGAAUCGGAUGCUUAGCUAUAUCGGUGAGCACCAUUAUAUUUACCUGCUCAACCGAAGUCCCGGAGUUCAUCAAAGAGCGAUUCAUUUUCAUAAGGGAAACUGCAUACAAUGCUUAUCGACGCUCUUCAUACGUACUCGCUCGAUCUUUAUUCACGAUCCCGGAACUGUUAGUCCUUUCCCUCUCCUAUUCCUUGAUAGCCUUUCCGGCUAUAGGCCUCACCGGUGGUGUCUCUGGAUUCAUCUUCUUCUUCCUCACGGUACUCAGCACAUUCUGGGCUGGAACUUCACUAGUGGCAUUCAUGUCAGUGCUUUUCCCUGAUUACUUCCUCGUCUUCGUGAUGUCCGUGGGCGUUGUUUCCUAUUACCUCUUCUUCUGCGGAUUCCUCAUUUCUCGAAAACGACUCCCCAAGUACUGGCUUGGGGUUCAUUACAUUUCACUGGUGAAAUAUCCAUACGAAGCGUUCAUGCAAAACGAAUUCCGGCCAUCUCAAUGCUUCACUCGAGGUAACCAGAUAUUCAACGGUACACCGAUCGGAAGCCUGCCGAGAUCGGUGCAAGAUGAAAUGCUGGCUAGCAUGGGAUAUAUUGUGGGCACAAAUUACACGGAUUCAACUUGCAUAGCAACCGGGACUGAUGCAUUGAGGGUGCAAGGGAUCACUGAGUUGAGCAAAUGGAACUGCCUCUUGGUUGUUGUAGCAUGGGGCUUUAUCUUCAGGGUCUUGUUCUACUUGAGCUUGUUGUACGGAAGCAAGAAUAAAAGGAAGUGA